AUGCUCUUUAGUCAUGAUAAAGGAAAGAAGUAUGAGGUAACAGUCGUCCCCAGCCCCGGAUCAUGGCAUGUGAGCCCAGCUUGCUCCAGGAGGUCACCAGACACCAAACCACAACCUUCCGGUGUGGGGCAGCCUUAUAGCCUUGCAGGCGGCAUUGUCUGGCCUCAUUUUAUACAUUUAAAACAGGCGCAGAACAGACCAUUGAAGACACAUUUAAUCAAACCAGGCACCAAAAUGCUAACACUCUUGCCUAGAGAGAGAGAGGUUAAUGUUUUCUUUGGUCAACGAAGAACUCCACCUGCAGGCAUUCGGCAAACUAGCAUUGCUUCCUUCUUCACCUCACAGCCAGGAAAGACAAAUGGCGGUAACCAGAGGAGUGUUUCCCCUCCUGUAGAAAGUCACACUGACAAAGAGUCCAAGACAAACACAACCCAACCAGGCCAUCUGAUCCAAGGCUUGGGGGAUGGUUAUAUGCCCCCUCCUUUAGCCACUUCAACCCCUUCAGACGUCAAGGAAGCUGGACUUUCUUCUCAGUCCCCACACCACAGAAUGGGAACUCCAUUUUUGACUGUGCAGUCUUUUCUUCAGCCUGACACCCUAAUCCAUGCUGGAGAGGGUAAACCACCACUGGCUUCUUCCUUUACUCAGGACUUGGAAAGUUCUUGUUUGCUGGACCAAAAGAAGAGAGAGAAGGAUUCUUCAAAGAAAAAGGAAUGGCUUUUUGGAUCUCAGAAGAAUUAUCAGGGCAUGGAGAGAGGCAGCAAACCUCCUGGGGAUAAACGGCUCUUGGACAAGUCUAAAUUGGAAAGGAAGGCAUCCACCAAAGAAAAUAGGCAGGCUCCUGCGCUCUUUCAAACUUACAGGGACUCGUGGAAUGGAGAGAAAACAGAAUUAGUGAGACAAAGCCCUUGUUCUAUUUCUGGGUUUCCCUGGGACAGUGAAAAGAAUGAUAAGGACUCCUGGAGUCAGCUUUUCACUGAGGAUUCUCAGGGCCAGCGGGUCAUUGCCCACAACACUAGAGCUCCCUUCCAAGAUGUGACCAAUGACUGGAAACCGGGCUUAGGGCGGUUUCUUAAUAGCCAGUGGGCUCAGUGCCAGGAUGGGCUGACUCAGUUAAAUCUGCAGCCUGACUCGCUCUUUACCCAGGACUCUGAAGGUAAUCCAGUUAUUAGGCAUCAGUCCUAAAUGUUUUAAUGAGGGUUUGGUUCUGAAAGUACCUUAAAAUGUCAGAGACAUAGGAAAAUAUCUUAUAGUUGCAGGGGUGGGGGUGAGUUUGUAUAGGCAGGAAGGAGAUAUGAGAUGAAGCUAUUAUCAUUACUGAGCAUUUUGUGUAAAUAAUGUGAGCAGUGCCACUUGUUGAGACAGUAUGAUUGCAUCAGGCCUUUCUCUUGGGAAGAAAGUAACUAGUAAAUUCCCUGAGCAGGCAGGGCAGGUAUCUAUCCCUCCUCUAAGGAGUCUGUAUUCAGCCUGGGCAGAGCCACCUCUUUGACCUUUCAGAUGUGUGACUAGGACCUUGCUUCUUACAGAUGUGUGUUAAUCUCUGGCUGUAAUCUCGCCCCCUCAAUCUAAGCUUAAAACCAUGAUUCCUGACACCUUUUUGAGGUAUAUGGGGCAAAGGACUAUAAUGAGAGAUAGAAUGGUUUAAUGUUAGUUUUAAUGUUACAAGCAUUUUAAAGUCAUAUACUCUGUGUUUAAAUAUCUCUCCCCAAAAAACCUGAGCUAUUUAACAGUCCAGAUGUAACUAUAUUUAUUACUCUUUUUCUAUACGAUGGGAGAGAAUCCCUUUCGUAAAAUUAUAAAUCCAAGUAAAUGUUUACAAAGUUGAUUCUGAUAGUAAUUAAAACAUAUCCAAUUUUAGUUUUGAAAAGCAACAUUUUAAUAGUGUAUACUCUGUCAUUGCCCUAGGUCUGAUCUGAACACAAGUCUCAUUUCACCUGAGUCUUACCCAAGGCAUGAUCCAUCAGGUGGCAGCUUCUCAUGUUGCAGGCAUGGCACCUAAGAGGCUUAAACAAACCCUCAGGGGGCAAACUUGUGAGUAGUGAGGUGGAACUGCUUUUAAAAGUUUAGGGCAGGCCCAGCUGCAGUGGCAUGUGCUGCUAAGAUGCUGUGUUACACAGCCUGGGAGGUCCAGGUUUGAUUACCAGCCCAACCUGGAUGGCCAGGCAUGAUAGCACAUGCCUGUGGUCCCAUGGUCCCAGUGGCUCAGGAG